AUGACCAUCUCAGAGUCGCCACACGAAGAAGAGCCGCUGGUAGCGUCGAUCGACGUGGGCACCACGUCGUCACGUGUGAUUCUAUUCAACAAGCUGGGCCAGGAAGUGUCCAAGCACCAAAUCGAGUACUCGACGUCGGCGUCGAAGCAGAAGUUCGCGUCCGGGGGCGCGAGGAGGUUUUCGGUGGACUCGGCCGGGGGCGGCAGCGCGGGCAGCGCGGGCAGCGCGGGCAGCGGCGCGGCUUCGCCAUCGGCGGCGAGGCAGGCGCAGCAGCCGAUCUUCUCGGCGGAGGGGAUCGCCAUCGAGGCCAACGAGUUUCUCGAAAUCGAGGACCUGGAGCGGCCCACGAACCCGACGCUCACGUUCCCGCGGCCCGGGUGGGUGGAGUGCGACCCCGUGGCCAUCCUGGCCCACGUGGUGCAGUGUUUUGCCGCCAAUCUGAUCACCAUGGACAAGAUCAACGGCGACCGCGUCUCCCGCAGCCUGCUGCCUUACCGCGUGCGGUGCGUGGGCAUCGCCAACAUGCGUGAAACGACCCUGGUGUGGUCGAAGGCCACUGGAAAGCCCAUCGUGGACUACGGCAUUGUUUGGAACGACACCCGGACCACGGGCAUCGUCACCGAAAAGCGCAACAGCACCCCGCAAGCGCUGCAGGACAGCCUGCGGGCCAAGACCGGGCUGCCGCUGUACUCGACGUAUUUUUCGUGCUCCAAACUGCGGUGGCUGCUAGACAACGAGCCCGCUGUGUCUGAGGCGUACGAGCAGGGCGACCUCAUGUUUGGCACUGUGGACGUGUGGCUGCUGUACCAUUUGACCGCGAAUCACGCCUUUGUUUCGGACGUGACCAAUGCGUCUCGCACGGGUUUCAUGAACCUGGACACUCUGGACUACGACGACGAACUUUUGAAGUACUGGAACAUCUCGCGCGACAAGAUCAAUCUGCCCAAGAUUGUGUCGUCCUCCCAGUAUUAUGGAGAUUUCACCGUCCCACAGUGCAUUAAGCCCAACUUGACCUCGGUGGCGUGGACCCUUUUGACGGAUUUUUGCAGUCGGUCUCCCCCAGUACCUAUUCAGGGAUGUCUAGGAGACCAGAGCGCGUCGCUGGUGGGUCAAAUGGCAUUCAAACCCGGCGCUGCCAAAUGUACUUACGGGACGGGUUGUUUCCUGCUUUACAACACCGGCACCAAAAAAUUAAUAUCGUCUCACGGAGCCCUCACUACCUUUGGGUAUUGGUUUCCACACUUGGAGAACCCGGAACAUUCGCAACCCCAUUUUGCUUUGGAAGGUUCCGUGGCUGUUGCAGGAGCCGUGGUUCAGUGGUUACGCGACAAUUUGCGUCUAAUUCCAAAAGCAGAAGAUAUCGGUCCGCUGGCAUCGAGAGUCGCUGACAGCGGGGGCGUGGUGUUUGUACCUGCGUUUUCUGGGCUGUUUGCUCCCUACUGGGAUGCUAGUGCAAGGGCCACCAUCAUGGGUAUGUCGCAGCACACCACCGCUUCCCAUUUGGCCCGCGCAGCAGUGGAAGGGGUGUGUUUCCAAGCAAGAGCUAUUCUGAAAGCCAUGAGCUCGGACGCUGCUGGAGAGGGUCAAAAGGACCGCGACUUCUUGGAAGAAGUCGUGGACGAAACGUAUGAGAAGUCUCCGCUGUCAGUGCUUGCAGUUGAUGGCGGGAUGUCAAAAUCCAAGGAAGUCAUGCAGAUUCAAGCGGACAUUUUGGGACCAUGUGUAAAAGUGCGGACCUCCACCACUUCGGAAUGUACUGCUUUGGGAGCCGCUAUUGCUGCCGCGAUGGCCUAUGAGAAGCGUGAAGACCGCGUAUUGUGGGAGGACCUGAAGGACGUCAAGAAGUGGAUAAGGUACGGAGGUGUCGAACAAGGUGCUAAAAGCCAAGACGGCAGCGCUCCAUCCAAAUCUUGCACGUACAAAUCCCAGUCACUGGACACCGAUAGAAGAAGGAAAUGGAGAUUGUGGGAGGCUGCAAUCGAUAGAUGUAAGGGGUGGAUGGAUAUCGUGGAAGAAGGAACAGGUGCUGCGAGUAAUUCUGCCGUGAAGAGCAUGUGA